AUGCGGGCAUUCGUCUCCGGAUUACCGGGUUAUUCUGCAGCUACAGCGCUGGAGCCGGACAAGUUCGAUUACCCGGAAUGGCACUGGUGGUUUACUUUACUCACGGGGUUUCAAUGGCUAUCGGAUAGCCAUAUGAAGUCCUGGGCCACCAUGAUGACUCACCGCCUAGCAACGCGACCAGAGUUGUUUAAAAAUGAUAGGAUCUGCUUCCUUAACAGCCAUAUCACUCAAUUUUGGGAAAGGGACUGGCCCAGUUUCAGAGAUGUCAAAUGCUGCCUCCUAAUUCGCUGGACUGGUACUUUGCAUUGGGUCGCGCUGCAUGUCUCCAUACCCAAAAGGCACAUUACCAUCUACGACAGUAUGGUGGACUGGCUCGAUGAUGCGGAAAUGGACUUGUUGGUGGAACCCUAUGCGGUGAUGAUGCCGAAUCUUAUGCACUCCGCGGCUCAGGCUGAGGACAAAUGCGUCUACUUCGAUGCGAAGUACACGCACAGCCGUCCGAGUAAGGAUGUGCCGCAGCAAGUGGGGGCUGGAGAUUGUGGCGUGUUUGUCCUCAAGUCAUCGAGUGCCUGGCAGUCGGAUAUGCCGCAUUUCCGAAGACGUUGUGUCAGAAAAACAUCACCAUGUUUAGGGAGCAGAUUGCGUCUGAUAUGUACCAUGAGAUCAACUGCCGUGGACCGGUCGAGGACCCAGAUGAUUGGGACAAUGUCGAUUUGUAUGACGAGAGAUUAUGAAAGGUGUAGGUGUAAUCCCGUAAACUAA